AUGCUACCCACGAACCUCUGGAAGCGUCCGGCGACCGGACGGGCAUUCGUCGACGAGCUGACGCCGAGUUCGUCCCUCAUCUGCGUCGCUCCAGAUGCUCGUUGUCUUCCGCCUGUUUCUUUCCCUCCAAUCCUUUUCUCCGGAUUGCGGAAUCGAUAUUACAUAGUCGGAAGCUUGGUUCAUCUCGCCGAAGGAGAGGGCACCGUAACCGUUCGACGUGACGUUUUGAAGCUUCGUUCUAACCAGUCAGCACGCUAG